AUGUCUAACGAAUAUGUUAAACGGAAAGUAGCAUUAAAGGAUAUCCAACCCUGUUUAAUCUGUAACAAACCAUCAACUACAGUACUGUUCAAUGGUGAUAACAAUAAUGGUGGUGGAGCUGAUUGGUUUUAUGUAUGUGAUAUCCAUUUACAAGAUAAUAUACAAUUCGUAGUCCCUGUAUAUAGUAAAGAAUAUGAAAAUGAAGUUAUCCAUUUAAGACAAUUGAAACAAAAGAUCACUUCCACAGCAGCCAUUAAAAAUGGUAAUUGGGAUGGAUGGGUAACUAAAUUGUUUGCCAAAGGUACAAAAAGCUCGACUAAGACUGAUAAUAUAGAAGCAGACUCAGCCAUAGACGCAGAUAAUGAAGACAAAGGUACAAAGGGACAAGAUACAAAGGCUCCUGCAGAUCUAAGCGCACUGCAGCGGGAAUAUGAUGAAACUUUAGAUCGUAUUACCAAGUUGCAAAAAAACAACAAGACAUACCAACUUAGUGAUACUUUCUACCAAAGCCGUCUUGAAAGAAAAAAACAACAGGAGAAAUUGGCUGCACGUCGUAAACAAUUACAAGAGAGUUAUACUAAUACAGACCCUGAUGAAUUAUUAUCGAAAUUUGCCUUCCCCAGUGUUCCCAAGACAAGUUAA